CUUUUUUUGAUUUUUUUUGGGUUCAGCUUCUUAGUUUUUAGAUGCACGUGCAUUCUAUUACGAAAAUUAGUUAUUUUUAGAAGCACUAAGUAGCUUAGUUUCUUCGUUUUCUUUUGUCACUCUUUUGCUCUCUUAAUUUUGUGUCGUGGGUUUAAAGAUGGCUGGUCGUCCCGCUGGAUUUUCUGAUGGGGAAUCGGAUGAUGAUGACUUUGGAAUGUUUGAAGCACCGGCACCUUUACCAAAAUUGAGGGCCCGGCCACCGUCCAAUCCUGUACCAACAGCACAGGUUGUGAGAAAAUCAGAAGUGGAUUUGGACGAUUUUCGAAUAGCAUCAAUGAAGGGAAACCUUGAGACAGUCAAGUCUUACGUAGAGAAUGGUGUCUCCGUCAGCCAAGUUUUGAGAUCAGGUUGGACAGCGCUCAUGUAUUCUGUGAGCUGCGGUAGAUGGCAAGUGACAGAAUAUCUGCUGGAGAUGAAAGCCAAUCCAAAUUUCCACAAAGAACUUUUCACACCUCUCAUGGCUGCCUGUGCCUCAUCCCACGAAGUUGAAGAUGAUUUGGUCAAGUGUGUCGAGAUACUGAUUGCCAAUGGAGCAAACAUCAAUGCCACAGAGAGGCACAAAGUGACACCGUUGAUGUUUGCCUGCAAAGAAAAGAGGCUCAAAAUAGUUCAAACAUUACUUAGAAGGGAAGAAAUCAACAUUGAUCUGCAGGAUCAUCGCGGUUGGAGUGCUUUAAUGUGGGCUGCCGAUAAGGGAGACGGAGCCGUCGUUCGAGCUCUUUUGGAGCACGGUGAAAAAGGAGCUGAUACUAACCUGAUGUCUACAAGCGGACAGAAAGCCGUUGACGUUGCCCUGAUAGCCGGUCACAAAGACGUGGCGGCCCUUUUGGAUCUAACACUGAAACCGCAAGAAUCUCCGGCGCCAGCCCCUCCGCCAUCCACCGACUCGAUUGCCACAGUCACUGAACUGGAAACGGUAUUGAUGGGACUGGAUUUGACGUGCCUCCUACCAAAUUUUUACGAGCACAAGAUGAAUUACGAUUCUUUCCUACUCAUGGACGAUGGAGACCUAGAUCGAAUGGGCAUCACUCAAGUUGGCUACAGAACGAGACUGCUGAGCGCUGUCAAAGAAAUCCACACCAAAGAGUGGGAGCGUGGAAGCUUACCCGCCAUACAAUACAGCAAAUACCUCAGCUGUCCCGAAGCAACCGCGCUCGUUGGUAAUUUAGCCAUUCACGGACGGUACAUGUUGGCCAGCGUGGCGUACCUUCGCGAUCAAAUUCAACGCAAACCCAGGAUCCUCCAACUAGGAAUGGAGACUGCGUCCGUCCACGCUCUGUCCGCUCAAACACAAUACGCCAUGAAACAAAUCAACGAAUUACAAAGUCAGCUCAAGUUCCUCAAACUCUAUCUCGACAAGGUUCAGGAUAAAUCUGAAUUCGUUCCAGCUGAUUUGAUCACGGAGAAGAACAAUAAUCGCGAUAAAAGAGAUCAAAGUUUCUGGCGACGUCCAUGGGGUCGCUACAUUGUUAUGGCAAUCGUGGCCUUCACCGGAGGACUCGUAUUGUGGACCACUCCGUCCCGCUUACUCCAACACUCCACAGCGGUUCUCCUAGUGGCAUAGUCUGCCCCCAGCCAAACAACAAAGAAUUAAGUCAUAUAGUCAUUUGAUUCUCUUUAUUUUUGUUUUUCUCUCGUAUGACUCGAUACCUCGAUGGAAAAUACGUUGUACCUCAAGAAUAUUAAACUCGGCAAUAUCUGAU